UGUGCACAAGUACUUGUUGAUUCGACGGACGCCCGCACUGACAGUCGAUCGCGGCGCCGCGAUGCCCGAUCCGGACGAUGUGACGUCGGCAGGUACUUGCGCGCCUAGUUGCCUCUUAAGUUAGUUGCGCAGUCAACUGCAGCUUGUCUUCAUCCAUCAUGCUCCACCAUCAUAUGCCCAUACCCCUUCACAUCGCGCCUGUCUGUUGAGAACCUGAUUUUUUAUAUACGGCACGAUUUUUCCUUUCUACCAAUCCCGCAUUUCAAAGUCUCAGGAUGGCUGCUAAUCAGGACGCCGCGAGCAAGACCUCUUGGACAAGCUUUUUGAAGUCGAUUGCCUCGUUCAAUGGCGACCUCUCCUCACUGACUGCCCCACCUUUCAUUCUCUCAUCGACUUCUCUGACCGAAUACUCUGCCUACUGGGCUGAACACCCUGCGCUCUUCGUGGCGCCCGCGCGCGAGUCCGACCCCGAGAAGAGGGCUUUGCUGGUGUUGAAGUGGUUCCUGAGCACGUUGCAUCAGCAGUAUUGCACGCGCAGCGAGAAAUUAGGCAGCGAGAAAAAGCCGCUGAACCCGUUUCUUGGCGAGCUGUUCAUAGGCAAGUGGCUUGAGAAUGAGGAUAUAGGUGAGACACGUCUCAUCAGCGAGCAAGUGAGCCACCACCCUCCGACCACCGCUUAUUCCAUUGUGAACGAGAAGCAUGGCGUUGAGCUCCAAGGUUACAAUGCCCAAAGAGCUUCCUUUUCCAGCACCAUCCAGGUCAAACAACUCGGCCACGCGUUGCUCUCUGUCACACCUCCCGGCAAGGACACGAACGAUCCGGCCGAAAAAGAAACCUACCUCAUCACAUUGCCAAGCCUUCACAUUGAGUCGUUGAUUUACGGCACACCAUAUGUCGAGUUGGAAAAAUCCACCAAGAUUGCCAGCUCCACAGGCUAUGUUGCCAAAAUCGACUAUUCUGGAAAGGGCUGGCUGAGCGGGAAGAAAAACACAUUCAGUGCAGUAUUAUACAAGGAAAAUGACGGCGAAAAGAAUCCAUUAUACACUGCCGAAGGUCAGUGGUCAAACACGUUCACUAUUCGGGACGGCCGCUCGAAGAAGGAGGUCGAGACGUUCACCGUCAGCAACAUGAAGACGACUCCUUUGACACUUGCUCCAAUCGAAGAGCAAGACGCAUACGAAAGCCGACGAGCAUGGAAAGAUGUCGCGUCCGCCAUUGAACGCAGCGACAUGGAUGCAACAUCCGUUGCCAAAUCGAAGAUUGAAAUCGCGCAGCGUGAACUGCGCAAGAAAGAGAAACAGGAAGGCGAGGAAUGGGAACGACGAUUCUUCAAGCGCAUCAAUGAAAAAGAGGACGCAGGCUUUAUGCGCCUGGCCACCGUCCUCGAUCUCACUACCGGUAAUGGUGCGGGUAUCGAGAGCGACCGGACUGGCGGUGUUUGGAGAUUCCAUAAGGUGAGGGCAGUGGAUGCGAAGCCACCGUAUCACAAGGUUGGCAGUGAAGGGUUAGGACUGUAAGAUUGUGCAGACAGCUGUAGGAUUGUUGCACACAAGCAUUUCAAAGGAUUUAAAUGCUUUGGCUUUCAUCAAUUCUGAUCGAGUAUCUUCGAAUGGACAUUGGAUAUUAAUACUAGUUCAAUUUUGAUUAUGGAGUUUUGUAUUGAGCACAUGGCUUAGUACGUAUAAUAAGGGCUAUAAACCCAAAUUGCAUGGUAUUGGGAGGAUUAGUAUAACGUUUGAAUAUAGAUAUCAGUUCAGAAUACCAUUGGCAUGGCAAUAUACGUGUUGCCUGGAAUGCUUUACUCAGCUAUAUGAAUUACAUUAGACUUACAGGAAUAAAUCCGUCAACCAUCAAACACUACAUGUCUGUUUGCUUGUCAGGAGGCCACCAG